UGGCGUGACUGGCAUCAAGAGGAACCCGAGGAUGAAGAGGGGGAAGGAGAGCAGGCCCAGGUCAGAUCGGAGCGCGGCAUUCACCCCCCUGUGGCAGGAGGCAGCGCCCAGACGCCCGACUGCCAGACGCCAGACAACGAGAACGGUCUCCAGCACCCUGUCUCCCAAGGCCACUGGCUUUCACCUGUUCCCAGCGGGCAAGUACACUCCCGAAUCGGAGGACAGCUCCGACUCAUCGUCCCAGAGCAGUUCCUCCUCAGCAAGCUCGGAAACAAUGUUCGGCAGCUACCUGGACAUCUUGAAAAUCCUGUGUCGUUGCCAGCAGCGAUCCAAAGGUAAAUGGUCAUUCGGUUACGCCGGCCAAGAGUUCAGGCCAAAGGUCCUCACCCACUCUCCAGGGUCCCUCUACAGCCCUCUGGGCACUGCCAACAUUCUGGGAGAAAGCCCAGAGGUUUCAGACGAGGAGAUGCCCCCAUCAUCCCCGGCCGGGCCAGGAGGUUCCUUGUUGACGCUGAAGUUGGGCCAGAACGUCGGGGAGGACGCGGCGUGCCUCGGCCUGGAAGGGGAGGAGCAGGGUGAGGACCACCCUCUGGCAAACCUCUUCACCAAAGGAAGAGCAGGACCCCAGAUGGCCAGGCCCAACAAGGAGGAGCUUGGCUCCUUCUCCCUGGUGUACAGGAAGCACGUCAAGAGCCAAGGCAAGGAGGAGCAGACGAGAAGAAAUUCCAUCCAAGUCCGCCCUUACGGAAUAGUCACCCCGUAAA